AUGAAGAGAGCUAUUAAGGAUGUACUUUCAAGAAGUAGGCAUAGGUUAUGUAUGUGGCAUAUAUGGGAGAAAUUGAAGACAAAGGUUGGUCCUGUUUUGUCAGCAAACACUGAUUUUAAUACAAGAAUGACUCAUGUUGUUUGGAAUGAUACUAUUAUUCCAGAAGAUUUUGAAACUGAGUGGCAUUCAAUAAUGUCUACUUUUGGAUUGGAAAAUCAUGAGUGGUUAAAAGAUAUGUACGAUCUUCGAUUUGAUUGGAUUCCUGCUUAUUACCAAGGAGAGGAUUUGGCUAGACUUAUGCGUACUACGUCAAGAUGUGUGGAAUACAACAAACAAGAAGAUGGUUUAAGUAUAAAUUGUUCUUGCAAACGGUUUGAACAAUUUGGUAUAUUGUACCGCCAUAUAUUUUACGUAUUACGGUAUGAAGAUAUAAGUGAGUUUCCUAGAAGACAUGUUCAUAGAAGAUGGAUGAGAGAUGUUGUUUCAGUUGGAUCAAAUCAUUCCAAUAUUCGGUUUGAUGAAAUUGGUAGGAAUAGUGCAAUUGAUAAAGUUUAUAGAGAAAUUGUUGUUGCAAAUGAGUAUGUGGUUAAUAGGCUGGUAGGCGAUUUAGAUGAACUGUGUCGUUACAGGGAUCAUAUUAAAAGUUAUAUUGAUAAAGCAGAUAGGUUAUGA